AUGAUGACUGCCGCCUCAUUCUCCAGAAUCGCGCAAGCGCUAGGCAACUGGUUGAUCGAUCUUCCCCUGUGGGGCAAGGCCGCUUCUGUGAUGAAGACUGACUGGGCACAAGCGUUCCUCCUCUGCCUGACGCUUCCACUGAUAUUGCUACUUGCUGUUCUCUGCGUCGCAAACCAGCAGGUGCGGCGCGCGAGGGGCAUUUCUCUACCCCUCGGCCAGCAUGCAGUCGCGAGCAGAGUGUCGAGCACCACCGAUUCUGCCAACCUGGCCCCUCCUCGAGAUGUCAGUGCCGGCAGGGCUUCCUUGCACGUCUUGUCCCAGCUGCUGCGCCCAGCCAGCAGCCCGUCGGAGGGCUCCCUCCGCAUCUGGCUGACCGCCAGACUCAACGGCGUCUGGCAGGAGGUCAGGGGCCUGCGGUGGUUGGCGGAUACACGAAGGUGUACGUCUGGUGUUUGUUGCCUUUUGCUUACUAUGUUGGUUCUCUGCUCUUCAACGCAGGUUUCGCGUUCUUGA